GAAUUCCAGUACACUGAUGAGUUUGUGGUUUCCAAUGAUGUGAAGAUGUGUUUCAAUGAACACGGUUAUAUCAUGGUCAGGUACCUUCUUGGCGGCGAGGUGUACCAUUACCAUGCUAAAGUGAUGAUGAAAUUAGCUAAAGUUGGUGGACGGCAUGCUUGGCAUCAGGAUUAUGGGUAUUGGUAUCGAAACACGGCAUUAUUUCCCGAUAUGAUGACAGUAUUUAUAGCUGUAGAUAGAUGUCACAAAGGCAACGGUUGUCUAGAGAUUCUGGACGGAUCUCACAAGUGUGGAAGAAUUGAACAUAAUUUUGUUGGUGAACUGGUCGGUGCUGACAUGGAGAGAGUCAACAUGAUUGAAAAAGUUUGCCCGAAGAAAUAUGUGGAGAUGAAUCCUGGUGAUGCUCUGUUCUUCCAUUGUAACUUACUCCACUACAGUGGUCCAAAUCUCAGCGAGGAGAGACGAUGGGCUUUUCUAGUCGCCUACAACAAGGCUACCAACGAUCCAGUAGAGGAACACCACCAUCCAAACUACACACCUCUUCAUAAGGUUCCCAAUUCCGCCAUAUUGGAUUGUGGUGUAUUAUGGGAUGCGAGCGGGAAAGAAUUGUUGACGAAGGAGAAACGCCAGAACUCGCAUCUUAAAGAGAUCAACGUAAAGAGUUAAUCGGUUGUUCGUCUGCUUGUCAGUGUAUAUUGAGUGAUUUUGGUGUAAAAACAUUACGAACUUUUU